AUGUUGCUUAGGGAGGGAAAGGGUAUCAUGCAGAGAUUUGUGUUCGACUCUGAGGCUAUAUCCACUCUCAAAGCUAAAGCGACUAGUGGAAGGGUGCCUAACCCAACUCGUGUCGAAGUAACAUCAGCCUUCAUUUGGAAACAUGCUAUGGCUGCAUCAAGAGUGGUUUGGGGUAUGCAACAACCUUCCAUAUUGAAUCAACAAAUGGACUUGAAGCGACGAAUAUUGGUAACGUCGUCAUCAAAAUAUUCUGUUGGGAAUCUUUUGUGGAAAGUAGUUGCACAUUGUGAUGCAGUCGCUGAAGAUGAAGAGAUCAUGUCAUUGAAUGGCUUGGUGGGCUUACUGAGAGAUGCAAUAGAGAAAACAAGAGAUAAUAUUCUGCCAAAGCUACAGCGAGGAGAUGAGGGGGGUGAUGAAAUAUUAAGUAAUUUUGUUCAGGAAUUAAGAGAAGUAUGUGAGAGUAAAAAAAAUCUAAACCCAUACAUGUUUAGCAGUUGGUGCAAAUUGGGUUUCAAUGAAGUUGAUUUUGGGUGGGGAAAUCCCACGUGGAUUAGUUCUGUUGGGGCUAGAGUCGAUUCCAUCCAUAAGAAUAAUAUUUGUUUGAUUGAAGUUGGAUUGGAUGAUAAAAUUGAAGCUUGGUUGAUCUUGGAUGAGCGUGAAAUGGCGGUCCUUGAACGUGAUCAGGAGUUCCUUCAAUUUGCUUCCAUGAACCCACCUAUAAUUCUAUCCUAG